AUGCGGACACCCCGAUUAACCGUGCCCGAAGACCGUUUGUGGCUACUAACAUCCAUCGUAGAGGUCUGGCUUGUGUUGUAUCUACUGGAGUCAAGCAGACUUCGUGCAAGCACCCGAAAACUGAAGCACCUCGCCUGUCCACACUUCCUCGCUUGCUCAUUGCUCAUUGCUACACUGCAUUCCCGCACGUUUGCUUGCCGUAAUAAGGUACAUCUUAUCUUUACCAUCUUACCAACGCCCGACUCUGAGCUUGACUCUCCCCUUUUGGUGCCUACAACCGAGUUCAUUGAAACGAGCAGGCUCAAAACAAGCACCGAAGAAGGAAAUAAUUGCGUGCCUCCGGUCAAUCCAGGCUCUGAAAGUUCCACUCCGCAAAACCACAGCCAGAGAGAACGGCGAUGCAUGCCACUUUCACCAGAGAAGGAACUUCGAAACAUGUCAUCUGGAAUCAUGCCCGGCAGCUGGGACGCUGAAAGCCCUAGCACAACCAAGACUCAUGAGUACUAUGAGCGAGAUAUUGGAACUAGAAAGGAGGAAAACCUUCAACUUCAUCAUCAUCUUGUCGAAGAUCUCCUGCAAAGGCUAUCCGAACUCAAUGGGAACAAACAGAUCGCUGAUGAAAAGGCAGACAGGCUUACGAAGAAAGUCUCCCACAUAUUCAGUCUCCAGCCCUACCGCAAGGAUCUGACACCCGAAGAGGUUGGGCAGGAUUACGAUGCUCUGGUUGAACAAAUUCAAGACUGGGUCCAGAAGCUCGUGAACCCCUGGCUAGAGGACUGUGACGAUGAUGCUCAUGCUUUCUUGACCCACGCGAAGAGGCGCAAAGCCGAUGCCAACAGAUUCAAGAGUGUUCUAAAAAAAGAAAAAAGAAAAAUACCGGGAUCUUAUGAAUGGUCUGAAUUUCCCAGAGACUGA